ACUCAGAAAGCCACUAGGCCACUCCUCGUCAACAAUUGCAACCUGAAGUGCGACCACGACGAUCUCUCACUGCCAACAGCAGCUAACCCACGCCAAGAGACUCAAAUCUCCCUUACCACAAGAGGAUACUUCCAGCGGAGACGGUUCAAAAACAAGUGUGUGCACCGCGAAUCACCACUUUAGGGAGUUUCUGCCAUAAAUCACACUAGGGCCUCUUGCUGUGCUUGCAACCGGUCGGAGCAUAUCGAAUCACUAUGUCGGCAGCACGGCAACUGAUAAAGAAGCUGCAAGACGCUGGCCUGCAGAAACGAAUCCUACCACCAAAUGACAAGAGCUCCCACGGUCACAAUGGAGCUGGAGGGGUCUUUGUCCCGCAGAUAAACAAGCUCACAGUCCACUACUGCCAUCCUCGGGUCGGCGCAGGGGGAAACAGCGCCGGGAUGGUCGACUUCAUCAAAAACCGGAUAGUACAUAUCGCAAAAGCACGGCCAUAUGUCGAGAUAUGUGUCCGGCCAGACUUAUAUCGAAAACCGGCGCUAGUUGCGCAAUAUGCCUCUGGAAAAAAAGUGGUGGUGGAUUGCUCGCACGACACUCCCAGAGAGAUCGAGCAGAAGCUUGGGUUUUUGUGCGACAGUAGGGAUGGCCAAGAGAAGAAGCUUACUAGUGGACAGCCGGUCAUACCUGCCGGACGUACUGGGGGAGAGGGUGUUGAGCCAGUGUGGGAUCCGUUCACGGCGAAGAAGACCUUCAAGCCAUAGACGACUAUGUCGCUUCAUUGGCAUCCGUAUUGCAGUGCCCGUUUCAUCACACAACACUGCCAGUCAUCGCACCUCUCGUGCGUUAACGUGCCCACCUGUACCUGUAGUAUUUAAUCUGAAUCAUAUGUAGAGUCUGAUUGUUUCUGGGAAGAUUGA